AUGCGGUCCACGUCAACUGAAGGUCGUAGAGCUGAAAGAUGCCGGCCAUGCGCCGCUGGACAAUCGCGUCAACGUGGCAGACAUGCUGAAGGAGACUCUCCGAUCUGCAAGAAGCCCAAGAGCCCGAACUAUGUCGAUGAUUUCGAGUUCCCCACGAUGGAAGUCCUAGAGAAAGGCUCCGGCAACAUCGAGCCGAUCGCAAGCUUGGUGUCUCCCGUUUUCUGCAGCUGGGAUGCUGCCACGGGCAGACGGAGGUUCGGCCUGGAUGGCGUUCCAGAUCCCAAGGAGCUUGGGCGACCAGUCAUUUUGGUGGGCAACCACCAGCUCUUUGCGCUGGACUUGGGCCCUUUGGUCAGGGAGUUUCUCAUAGAGAAAGGCUUUCCUCCGAGAGGUCUGGCGCAUCCUAUCAAUUUCCCGGAUGUCUUCGAGAAUUUGAUGUCGGCCAGGGUGAAGGUGGAGGAAUCAGGCCUUUUGGACUCCGUGGGCUUACCUUUCGAGCUCCGCGCCGCUGCCAAAGCGGCGGCUGAUGCUGGCGCGGGGGGAGGCUUCCCCGCGAGGCCCUUUCGGCAUGAGAGUCCUCCGGAGCGCAAGGAGGGCGAAGAAGCGGGAGAUCUGGGCAUCGCGGAGAACUUCGGAGUGGGGGGCGCCUUUGCCAAGUGGGGCGCCGUGCCAGUGAACCCUAGGAGCUUCUUUCAGCUGCUGAAGCGGAACGAGGCGGUGCUGCUGUUCCCAGGGGGUGCCAGGGAAGCCACCCAUGGGCCCACCGAGAAGUACAAGCUCUUUUGGCCUUCGCAGACGGACUUUGUGCGCCUAGCGGCCCGUUUCAACGCCGUGGUCGUGCCCUUUGGGAGCAUCGGCAGUGCAGACAACGUGCGGGUCGCCGAGAGGAAGCAGGCCUCAGAGCAGGACAAGCAAGCCUUCGCUGAGCUCCUGGGAGGUGGCGGUGGCAUGUCGGCGGUGUCGGAGGUGUUGAGGGAGCCCCCGGCCUUCUCUCCGUCCUUCCCGCGGUUGCCGCCGGCCACGCAGACUUCUCCUGGCUUGGGCGACCGCUUCUACUACAGCUUCGGCGCGCCCGUGGACUUGGCGGAGGUGGACCCAAAGGACAAGGAGACCUGCGAUGCCAUGUAUGCCAAGCUGAAAGGAGAUGUCGAAGCGGAGAUCCAAUGGCUGCUGGAGAUGCGGGUCCAGGACCCGAACCGGGACUUCCUGCGGCGGCAAGUGCUGGAGCGGGUCAUGAACCUCGACCCUGCGCCGCGGGAGGUGAAAGCAGGGCCCCACAAGGGCUCCUUCGUUCGCUCCUGCGGCAGGAGGGCUUCAUCAUUUCCGCUGUGA